AUGUUGACAUGCGUAAAGACUACACUUCCCCAAAGCUGUCACAGAGCGCUCCCGCCUCCCAUUGGCUGCUCGCUCCAGCCGCAGCCCCAGAGAAUGAAUGAAAUUGAAAUAGCUGCUACAUUACAUGUACAAUACCGGGCUCUGCAGUGUUGCAUUCUAUCAUACUAUAUCAAAAUGGCCACAGCGGUACAGAACCCCCUCAAAUCGCAAUCUGGAGGUGCAGUCAUCAAGAACAGUCUUGGCGAGGAGUUCUAUAAGGAGGCCAUUGAACACUGUCGCAGCUACAAUGCCCGUCUGUGUGCCGAGCGCUCCAUGCGUCUCCCCUUCCUGGACUCGCAGACCGGCGUGGCCCAGAGCAACUGCUACAUCUGGAUGGAGAAGAACCACCGUGGACCAGGUCACGCUCCAGGUCAGUUGUACACGUAUCCCGCUCGCUGCUGGCGCAAGAAAAGACGGCUAAACAUCCUGGAGGACCCGCGGCUUGUACCGAUCGAGUUUAAGAUUGACUAUGAGGCUUCUCUAAAGAAGGAAGGGGGCAUCCCAGACGGUCCCGUGCUGGAGUCGCUGCUUGCCGGGGAGACCCUGGACAAGAAGGUAGAGACCAAGGAGGAGGAGCCAAUGAGCGAGUGUCAGAAGCUGCUGGUCGGGGAUUUCCCUCAUGAGCUGGAGGUGGAUGAGAUGGAAGAAGACGUCCCAAAACGCAAGAACCGUACCAAAGCACGGGCCUGCGGGGUCGGAGGUAUGAGGAAGAGACAAGAGCCGCCCGCCAUUGAAGACAGAGACAAGCCUUACGUCUGUGACAUCUGUGGAAAGCGCUAUAAGAACCGCCCAGGCCUGAGUUACCAUUACACUCACACACACCUGGCAGAUGAGGAGGGGGAAGAGGACUCCGAGCGACACACACUACCCUUCCAGCGCAAGAACAACCACAAGCCCAAGAAAGCAGCAGACGGCUCAGUGAUCGCCAACGGCUACUGUGACUUCUGCCUUGGGGGCUCAAAGAAGACCGGCUGUCCUGAAGACCUAAUCUCCUGUGCGGACUGUGGACGCUCAGGCCACCCGUCCUGUCUGCAGUUCACAGUGAACAUGACGGCUGCGGUGAGGACUUAUCGCUGGCAGUGCAUCGAGUGCAAGUCCUGCAGUCUGUGUGGCACCUCUGAGAACGACGACCAGCUGCUGUUCUGUGACGACUGUGACCGAGGCUACCACAUGUACUGUCUGAGCCCUCCCAUGUCUGAACCACCCGAGGGGAGCUGGAGCUGUCAUCUGUGUCUGAGACAACUGAAGGAAAAGGCCUCAGCCUACAUCACCCUCACUUAAUCUGCUGGAGCUGCGCCUCAUCCUCUUGGCCCUUCAUCCUCUCCAAAACCUCCUCGUCGUCACCCCUCUCUGUGCCUCUGCAGAUCCCCACCCCCCACCCCCUUACCCGCCCUCCUCUACAAUCUGCCCCAGUGACCUCUGACUCCACUGAGCACACGGCCCCUACAGCGCCGCACCCAUUCUUGAAAGUCCAUCCAGCGAAGAGCCAACCUCUGUAUUUUUGUGUCACUCACUCUGCCUGAUGUGCUUGACCUGACCCCCCCCCCCCCCCCCCCCAACCCGAUCCCGCCCCUCUCUUAUCCCUCUGUGUCAACAGAGGAAUUCAUCAGCUGGCCGUAAGUUUACUAGUGAGACACUCACUCCAGCCUGCCAAGGGCUCUUCAGAGGCAUACGACUCAACAGGAACCCUCUUAAGGGCCCUCAGAAGAGCCCUAAUGGUCUUCAGCUGCAACUCAGUCAAGUAGUGAGUGAGAAUUAAUAGGAUGGAUAGUUGUUAGGCCAAGGGCAGGGCAUGGAAGACUCUGGAAAACCAUGGAGUGGUGUCUUUCGGUGUUAGUCAACUGUGAAAUAUACACCUUACCAAAAUUUCAUUUCGUCCCUCUGUCCCGUACUGCUCACAGCAGAGAUGAGACGUUGAACUCUGCAUUUGUGUCUGCAGGGCUCGCUGCCCUGCGCGCUUCUGAAGGGGAGUGAACUGUACAGAAUUCAGACCGGUUCUCUAUCUACACACUCUUAAAAUCCCUCCUCACUGUCAAACAACGAGCAUCUGGUCAUGAACUUUCUCUGACCUCACUAAGUCCUCUCUCCUUGCAUGUGGUUUCCACGAUUGAAUGAUGCAUUUUGGGAUUGACACUGAAGGUUAAAGUGUCCGGAUGUGAUCCCCGGAUGAGAGAGGGAUGGAUUUUUUUUUUCUCUAAUCAGCUAUCUCUGAUCAAACAGUGUAUUUAAAAACAUUUUUAGGCUUAGCUCCUCUCCUAAAUCCUUUCCCUGUCCCUCAAUCUGCCCACUCCUUCCAUGAAACAAUGACUGUGAAGCCAAUGCGAGACUGAACCACUCCCGGUGCUUGGUGUGUUUUAUCUGUUUGUUAAGAAUGUAGGAUGGAUGUGUGGACAAUGCAGAUGUUGUCCGGCAGAUGCCGAGGCCUGAAAACCUUUUUUAUGAUUCCUUUUUUUAUUUAUUUCUCAUUUGCAUGUUGUCAUUUAAAUUAUUUAAGAAAACUUUUGAUUGAACAUUGAAAAGAAAGCACACUUAAUUCGCAAUAAUGUGUUUGUGAUAUGAACUAUUUAGGCCAAACUGAGUGUGUUUUUAAACUCUGUGUGUGCCUGUGUUUCUGUCUGUGAGUUUAUCUGAGCUCUGCAGUAACUGUAGCCAGCUCCAUGCUAGGUGGUUAGAUGGUUCAGCAGCAGGUAAUGUGAAUGUAAAAAAAGGGUUGGCAUUUUCCUGUUUAAACAUCACAACAAAGGUGGUGAAAAGUCGAUCAUGUGCAGGCGAGAAGACUCCAGUCUGAAGUCCAACAUCAGGGCCGACGAGUGUUUAAGACAAAGGUCGACAUUUCAGAAAACUUGCAAAAUAAAAAUGAAAAAAUAGUUACGGUUUAAAAAAUGAUUUCAUGUUUUAAAAAGUGAGUUUGAGAGAUGCUGGUAAGUGGAAUUUUCUCCCUUUUAACAGAGCCAGGCUAGCUGUCCCCUGCUUUCAGUUUUGAUGCUAAGCUAACACAUUUCUGGUCCAUAUUCAGCUGCAACAGGUGUUUUAUUCUCCAGGAAAAUCAAAGGAAAUGCUAAAAAAAUUAGCAUUGUGGUCACGGGUUCAUUUGACUAAACCAUGUUAAGGAUAAUGGAUUGUUUCUUGAGUUAAGAGAUGCUACGUAUGUUUCUUUGAAUCCCUACAAUCUGUAAUUCAAUUGUGAUUGGUUGCUACAUGGACUUGAGUAAUCCGGUUUUCAUAAGGGUUUUUUAAGUAUCCCUUUUUUAUGUUUGUGCAACAUAAACAUCCCCAAACAUCUUAUCCCGAUUUCAGAAACCGGGAUAGUCCUGGUUUUGGGAAACUUGAUUUUGCUACCUGGAGAACUCCAAAAGACAACGGGAUACUGUGGCAUGUAAACGCCUUACCCGGGUUUCUGACAGCUGACGACUAACUGCACAGGCCAAAGUAUCUGCAAAACAAACAUGGCGGCAGCAACAAGCCUGUCUUACUUCUGGAGCACUGAAGAAACUGAGUUUUGUCAUUUGUUAAUGAAAUGAUUAAUAAUGAUUGGACGUUUAGAUUGGAGAAAAUAAUCAAAAGGCUAAACUAUUUAAGUCUGUGGUGAACAAGCUGCAGGACGCCGGUUUCCCAACAAGUCAAGCUAGUCACGGCUGCGUAUCUUCACCCAUUGCUCUCUUGUCCUACACGGUGGCAGUGACACGCUGACACCAGUCAAAGGUGAGGACCUGUUUGAUAUUUUCUGUCGCUCUCUUCUCCCGUUGCUGGAAAUGAGGUGGAUAUGCCGUAUCUUGGCCCUCAAUAAGCCACUGUGGUCUCAUUUUUCUACAUUUAAAAACUGCCACGGUAAAUAAGCAUGACAGGCGCCUGUGCAAAUAAAAAGCAGUAAUCAGAAACCAGGAUUCAAGUAUUCAUCAUGUUUACAGGGAUAUGAAGAACCAGGUUUCUCUGUGUGUGUGUAAACACCAGAUCCUGAAUAAGAUCUAAACCGGGAUGAGCUCAUAGUCAGGAUACUCGAGUCUAUGUAAACUCACUCAGCUUAUCCCUGUCAGCCGAUUUACAUCCUGUUCAUAAUAUAUGAUAAAUAUAAGGUUGGUAUUUAUCUUAAAUUGAACUUGACCACAUGGGGACUGAGUGCAUUUUCUCAAUGUGCCAAAGGAUUCUUUUACUUGCAUCAAAUCUUUUUUACAAAACAUUGAGUGUGAGUCGUCAAAGGAAUAUUUUCAUUUCUGCAUCUGCAUUCUUUAUUCGCCAUCUUGUACAGAACUGCAGAAGAACAACUCUUGGAUAACUUUCAGCACAAUCCACAGACUGUGUCAUGGGGAAAGUAUUUAAUGUUUGUGAUUACGCUUAGCUCUUUGUUGUUAGCCCAAAGCGAUACUCAAGCAAAAAUACGUCCUUUAACGAUCAGACACUCGCACAACUGUCACUAAACUACUCCUGUAACUUAAUCAAACUUCAUACCAUCAGAGAAUCACAGAAUAACAUACAGUACAGUUCACUGAUUCAGUUUGACACCUGGAUAAGUGAAGUCAUCGAUGUUUAAGUCAAAGUGCAAACAGCUUUGCAAGCUUGUCAGCUGUGUUCCUUAACAAGUGAAACUUUCUUCUUAAUCACCUUUGUGUGCUGCAAAACAUGAUCACCCCUGCUUUGUGUGAGUUAAAGAAUAGAAAGAGAAGAUGUUUAAACAAUCUGCCAGUCUGGUACAAACGUAAGGAGCCAGUAGAAAGAUUUAAAAAAAAAAAAAAAAAGAUACAAGCCUUAGCUGAAAUGUUGACUCUAAGUUUGCCGGGAUUGAAUGAAUCUAACCAGCCAGCAUUCUUUUAUGUUUUCAGCUUGCACUGAGAAAAAUCCAUUAUCUGAGUGAAAAAGAUGGUUGACGUGUUUCCACCGCCUCCCUUUGUACAA